UCAAAAGUGCACACUAUUAAACGAAAAUAUCUGUAAAAUAAUAUAUGAAAGAUCACCAUAUGUAUAAUGCAAAACUAGUAUAUUUAGUACAGAACGGUUAUGACAGGAAAUGUUAUGAAAAUGCACACAAAUAAUGGGGUAUUUGUCUACAAUAAUUUAUUAUAUAAUAAGAAUUAUAUAUUUUUCAGGUAUAUUUAUGUAGAUGAUUACUGGCGAGGAAGCUUUUUAUGUAAUCUUGCUGGUGUUUUGUCUACAAUAUCGUCGGAGGCUAGUGUAUUGUUUCUGUGUUUGAUAACCUUAGACAGGUUAUUAGUUAUUAAAUAUCCGUUUGGUUCAAAAGUUUUCACCACAAAGAAGUCAGUUAUCUGUGUAACAAUAGCGUGGCUUUUUUCAAGCUUCAUCGCGAUACUACCAGUGGCAUAUGAAGGAUACUUCCAAAACAAGUUUUAUUCCAGAUCAGGUGUGUGCAUUGCUUUGCCUUUGACAAGAGAACGUCCCCCCGGUUGGGUCUACUCCAUUUCAGUUUUUGUAGGCUUGAAUUUCAUCACCUUUCUCCUAGUUGCAGUUGGUCAGUGGUCAAUAUUUUUCGAAUUGCAAAAGGCUAGUGGAAUGGCCACGACAGCACAAUCUUCACGAAAGAGAGACUUGAAAGUUGCAAGAAAUCUCCUCCUUGUUGUAGCGACGGAUUUCAUGUGCUGGUUUCCAAUUGGAGUCAUGGGUGUAUUAGCACUUUCCGGUCAUCCGAUAUCUGGAGAUGUGUACUCAUGGGCAGCAGUAUUCAUCCUCCCUGUUAACUCCGCAGUUAACCCGAUACUUUAUACAUUAUCAGCGAUCAUCGGAGGAAAGGAUUUUCGACCUAGUACGAAGGAACAUUCAAGGCUGACGAAGAUUAAAGAAACUGGAGAAAUUGUUAUGAACUUUCAUUCAAUAAGUCGACGGUUUGCUUCGAAAGAUGACCUCCCGUCUUCGAAAUACUGGAGUGUUCGCAAGAUUUCCGUCGAAGAGCUAGAUGUCCCAAUGAUUGUUAUUCUAAAAAGUGCUGCACAACUUGUUGAAUUUCUCGACGUGUUACAUUGCAGUUGCUUAGGGAUACAAUCACUUAAUGAGAGGUCUGUCCUUCUCAGAGUUCGCAACAGACAGGUACUAUGCGACGUCAAGAUUACAGGAGAACCUUUCGUCUCUGUUAAACCAGAGAAUAAAACCGACGACAUUUAUCGUUUUGGGAUAUUGCUGAGAAAUAUCUGUUCUCUCUGGAUGAAGCUAAAUAGACCCGCGAAAAGAUUUUAAAUGAACAUCUCUUGUAGAUGUGGCCCGUCGGCAGUUGACAUUUAGCUAUUUCACAUUUUAUGCCAUUGGUGUCUGUUUUUUUUUUUUUUUUAAAUUUUAUUUAGUUCUAAAUAUCCAUUUCCCUUUUUGCUUGUCACUUUGUCAGAUAUGUCAUAUUUAUUAAAGACUAAAUAUUAUAUGGUUAAUUUUUCGUUUGGGUAUGCCUGUGGAAUCUUAAUUCUGUCGGAAUAAAUCUUAUACAGUUGUGAAGAAGUUUUGGAGGCUAAUAUAUUUGAAAUAUACAAUUAGUCCGCGGGACAUUUUAGUAUCUCUUCUAUUGAGCAAAUAAUGAAGGUCUUUGCGAGGUUUAUCUGUGAUCUACUACGGUUAAGUAGUCAGAUACGUUGGCGUUGAACGUGAUUUAAUAGUCGAGCAUCUGAACGAUGAACCAUGGUAUUUCAUACUAUAAACCAUACAAAGCAUUGGCAGAUUUUUG